GACUUGGAGCGGUUUUACAUGAUACAUUAUACAUAUCUUGGGCGAUGGAAUGCCGGAAUGGCGUUCUGGGCUGACCCAGAGAGUAAUUUACAUGAGUUCAUUGUCUGAGCUUCAACUAGCCAUAUGCUACACAUGGUUUCUAUAUCCAGUUAUAUGUUGGCAUCACUCGCUCUAGGGGCGGCCGCUGCCGAACACACUCAUCGCUUCCUCCAGGAUGAGAUCACUCCUGGUUCUGAGAAGAACCGGAGGACCUGACACCUCUCCCGGGAGAAACUCUUUAAGGAAUUCCAGAAUUACAUCGAGCAGCUUAGAACACAGCAUAAAGCUUUGGUGCAUGCCAAUUCUUACAGAACUCCUACCUUACCUACCGGGGCUGUCGCGGAAUCGCUGCUAGAGUCAAGUAUGAUGUUGGGUAAGUACCUGAGAUUGAUAUCUCAGGUUGCUCAAGAAUUGCUAGCUUCUCCACAUUGGCUACUUCAUGAGAGCCCUAAUUUUCGGACCGUAGUCGCGCUGUUCGAUCUCUUGGCUCUACAGGCUUUGGUUCAAUUGUGGGACUUUGUUCUCGGCCAUCACCGCAUUUCUAACUAAGAUUAGGAAUCUGAAUCCUCAAGUGUGGAUUGCCAUCGAUAACUACACACUCGGUACACCUGCUCCACCAUCAAACGCCCUAAAACUCGGUCCUAUGUCGGGGAAGCCAUUCGCCCAAGCCGGAGAUUCGGAGAAACUAGAUGCCGUCGUGACAGCAGUACAUCCAGCUUAGAGAUUUUCCCGACUGAUGACAACAAUAGUCUCCCCACUAGUGGAGGAUUUCCUCCAUAAGUAUUCCCUCUUAUUCUCGGAGAACCUUAGUAGCUCUACACGCCUUUUCGGGAUUGACCCGUAUAUCGACUUCAUUGUCGGAACCGUCUUCACUAUCACGAGUCUCUAGAACCUCCCAGAUCUUCCCCUUGUUCCAGAGAAAAUUGAUGACCGGACAGAGACUUAACCGCACUCAAUACAGGACCUUCGGACCAGCCCCGCAAUCUAGAUGCCCCCAAUUCAUUGAAACUUGCCUCAUACGCUUUAACGAGGAUUUGUUGGACAUCGCUGAUUCUAAUGUUGCUGUUCGUGGUGCUGUUGAGGCAUCCCCUUUGGAAAUAUACGCUGAGCCACACCCAUUCGCACAAGCCAUGGAGCAUCUU